AUGGUAGACACAAGUUUUGAUGCACAUGAAAAACUAGAUAAAAACAAUAUUAGUAUUCAGCUGCCUUCUAUCUAAAAAAGAACUAGAAAAUAGCAUGAUUCCCCUGAUUUCUAGUUUUAAACUUUAGGCCUAGCAGGUAAAUAUCAGUCUAGGUAUGGAGAAAAAGAGGAUGACAAACAGAAAGGUGGUAAUACAUCUUAUCUGAAUCCCUUCUCUGUUAAAAAAACCACAGAGCAACUCUUGAUUCAAAGAGAACUAGAACGAAUGAGUCGAUUUAAGAGGGAAACUUCUCUAUCUCAGCAGAUGAAUAAUUAAGAUAAUAACUCUCUAGUAAAUUUGAGUGCAAUAAAGAAACGGUUUGGUACAGUUAAUCACAGCAUCGAUAUGAAAAGAAGUCAUAACAAUACUACCAUAGAACCAAUAGCGAAUUCAUAUCUUACUAGUAUUGAUCCUCUCAAUGAUAAAUCUGUUGAUAGAACUCAGCAAGUUAUUAUCAGAGAUUUGCCACCAACUUUGAGAUAUUUAUCUAAAAAUGCAUUUUCUUCAACUAGUGGGUCUCCUCGAGAAACAUCUAAGGAGAUAGUGGGCAGUAUUAGGUCUAUUUUCUAUGCAUAAAUGUCUAUUGAAGCUAAAAGAGAAGAAACCUUAAAGCUUAAAGAAUAUAUCAUCAUGGAAAGAGAGAAAUUAGAAGAAGCAAGACGAGUUUUCCAAGAAGACUAGGAUAAAUUUUAGAAAUAUAUGGCUGAGAUGGAGUAACAAGCUGAGAAGGCCAGAGAAAAUACUGACAAUUCCUAAAAAGAAAAAGGAGAUUUUGCUGAUUAUUUAGAAAGACUUCAAGAUGAGAUCCAUAGAUUUGACAAGGAAAUAACUUAGGUAGAUGAUGAUUUAAAGCAAUCUGCACUCUUUAAAGAAUUUAUUGACUUGGUUAAGGGGUAGAGGAAAUUUAAAGCCAAACCUGAUGAUAAAAAAAUGAAUAGCACUGGUAGAUUCAAUAAAUCUGGUGCUGAUAAUUUCUUUAUAACUGAAGAAGCUUAAAAGAUUAUGAAUCUUGAGAAUCUAUCAUAAUAAGACUCUAAUAUUGAUCCAAAUGGAGUUGAUCUGUCUAAAAAUGAGUUUUUAGAAAUUAUUUAAUCGCUUGAGGAUGCUAAUAUCUUCCUGUUGGAUAAUAUCUAAAACGAAGAAUAGGAUCUUGAGCGUUUGGAAAAGAGAGCAGAGAUUAAAUACACCAAACAACAAAAAAUUUUAGAUGAGAUUCAGGAGAAUAUUAACACUUAUCAAUUAAAGAUCGCAGAUAAAAUGGUUAAAAAGAACUCAAUCAAGACUUACAUUAAGAGUUUCAAUCAAGCAGAUUAAGGCAAUAAUACGAUUAGUCGAAAGAGAUCGAAAUCGGAUUUGCACUCAGAUAAAAUGUCUGAUUUCAAGUCGUAGAUGACAAGUCUGAAAUCUAUAAUUAGCAGACUAUAUUAGAAAGUAAGGUAAAGUGGGCCUGCAAGGGAUACAGAUGAUGAUGUGGUAGUCCAAUUAGGAGAGAUUGAAAGAAAACUUGCUCUCUAUAUUGAGAGAAGAGAUUUGAUCUUCUUUAGUGGAGAAGCCGCUCCUGAUUAAGUUAAACAACUAUAAGAAGUUGAGAAGAUUGUAGAUAAAGAUAGGAAGUAAAUAAGAUAUGAAAAGAAAAAGUAAAAUGAAAAGGAGAUGAUCAAAGAAAAGCAACUUAAGGUCGAGAAAAGAAUGGAAAGAUCAUCUAAAUAGACAUCUAAUUCACACCAAGCUCGCAUCAUGAUGACAAGAAGUAACAAACCUGAAGUUGUUAGAGUUUUUGAAGAUCCUAAUAAAAAUAUUACUUAGGAAGAGCUUGACUAUAUUAAGUAUGUUGAUAGUAUAGGCAAAUCGCAAGUAACUUAGUCAGCUCUACAAAAAUAAAUUUAAAGCAAUAAUAAGGCAUAGUUAAGAGAAGAAUAGUAGAGGCAAUAGUAAAAAUCUUUGUAAACAGAAUAGACAGAAUGA